CGAUGACAAUCACUAUCCGCCCCGCCGUCCCCUCAGACGCGCCGACCCUGGCGGCCAUCAAUAUCGACGCAUUUGCCGGCCAAGGGUUCGUCUCCAACGCCUUCCCCAACCUCGGCUACGAGGUCGUUUACCAGCUCAAGACGAAUCGGUACCUGCAGAAGAUCGCACAGCCACGGGUCCAUGUCCUGGCCGCGGUGGAUGAAGACUCUGGUGCCAUUGUUGGAUGUGCACGGUGGUCGUUUCCAGGGCCUGUGGCCGCUACCAGGACCGGUGACAGAGACCAGGGCCAGGACAACGACAAGCUCGCCAGUAACGUGGAGGCAGAAUCGGCGUCCAUGCCAUUACCAGAGGGGACGAACCGGGCGGUUUACGAUGGAUUCUUCCAGACACUGAAAGAAAAGGGAAAGAAGCAUCUGCGGGAUGAUGAUAUCGUUCUGGAUUUCCUCGCCACCCGGCCUGAUUACCAAGGGAAGGGCGUCGGAACGGCCCUUCUCCGCUGGGGGAUCGAGCAGGCCCAUCAUCAGCAGAGACGGAUCUACCUCGAGGCCACCACCGAGGGAUACCCGGUGUAUGUGAAGUGCGGGUGGCGCGCCUUGGAGACGGUCGAGAUAGACUAUGCGCGGUGGGGCGGGGAGGGGAACCAGGAGCUGACGCUGAUGGUGCGCGAUCCUUCCUUGCCUGAGUGA